CCACGACAAACGAACAACCAGCUGGUCCGGUUGAGAGCCAAAUUGUCCACCGUUGUGAUCAAUAAUAAGAAGAAGAAGUUCAACUGUCUCUUGCACAUCACUUAUGUCGGUGGCAUCUGUCACUCAGCCGCUGUGCAACUCCCCAUCACAUCACACUGUCUGCCAUCACAAGGCCAGAGCAUGAGGCUAGACGGCUCCUUAUCACCUUCCUCCCGCCGAUAAGUUAGCAGCAGCUAAUUCAAUACUUACUUACUACUACUAGUUGAUCAUCCUUACAGAGGGCUAGGCUGCAAUCAAGCUUUCUCACAGGCACCAGUUCGUGGAAUUCAUACAUAUAUCACCCAAUCUAGCCCCCCCCAAAGCCCCAGAGAGACAGGAUCUCUAUGUCGCAGCCAUGGGAUUAUAUCGCAAAGCUUGUUUGCAUUGGUGAUUCCGGCACCGGCAAGUCCAGUCUUACAAUUCGACUCUGCGAGGGCCGUUUCUCCGCAACCCAUGAUGUGACUAUCGGCGUGGAGUUCGGAUCUCGUAUCGUCCCAGUGGGACCUCCGGCGUCCUAUAAGUUCGACAACGAUCUCGGCGAUCAGAAGCAAGGUCCAUCUGGCCCCUCGUCCACCAGCUCCCAAAAAGGCCACAACAAUGGAUCUAGCGAGGCUCCGCAACAGAAGCGCAUGAAGCUGUCUCUCUGGGAUACCGCAGGCCAGGAGACAUACAAAUCCAUCACCCGUUCCUAUUUCCGGGGCGCUUCCGGAGCCCUCCUAGUAUUCGACAUUACUCGUCCAUCCACCUUUGCCUCCGUCACCCAGUGGCUGCACGAUCUCCGGCAGAUCGCGGAAGAUGGCAUUGUGGUCGUCUUGGUCGGUAAUAAAUUGGAUCUCGCCACUGAGAAUGGCGACCCCAAUCAGCCGCGAGUGACGCGUGAAGAGGCCGAGGAAUGGUGUCGGCAGAAUAAUGUAGUGCGCUACGUCGAGACGAGCGCCAAGUCCGGCGAAGGGGUCGAACAGGCAUUUCUGGAGGUAGCAGAGAGGAUAUAUCGAAAUAUAGAGGCCGGACGGUAUGACCUCAACGACCGCCGAAGCGGCGUCAAGGGGUUCGGAGCCACAGGCGGUGCCAAUGCAGGGAUGCCCAAGACGAUCGCGUUGGGAGUUAACGAUGCUAUGGCAAGAGGCAGACGAGGCUGGACCGGCGGCUGCUGUUAGAACGAAGCGGGCUAUCCCCAUGACGAGACUUUACGCAUUGUUCCUUACUGGGACCCAGGCAUGGCUCGAUUGUACAUAUCUAUAAGGUAUCCCAUCUCAUGAGUGAGUAGGUUGUCACCUGUUUCGAUAAUGAGACUUGCACGUUGGCUGCUUUGCAAUAAUAUGCUCCCAGUUGGCCUGGGCACUGUUUGGACGGAUUGCUAGUAAGCAAUUCGUCAGGUUAUAUGAAACCGAAACAGAAGAACAGAACUUGUGUUACUCUUACAAAUACAAUUUUUCGCUCGAAUUAGCAUUAAACCGCG